AUGGGUUGUUAUAAAAUCAACAUAGAUGAAUGUUCAUUAGAUAAUCCAGGUCUUAUAGGAGCUGGCGGGAUUGUGCAGAAUUAUCUGGGUGUUGCUAUUUUUUGCUUUGCCUCGUUCCUAGAGGUAAUAUCAAAUUUUAGUGCAGAAUUUGCAGCAUUCUUCAAAGCAAUCCGUGUUGCUAAGCUUUUUGAUCUAAAGUGGAUUGGUUUGGAAUAUGGUUCGGAAGCUGUGGUUUGGUGUGUUAUGGAGAAAAAGAUCCCAUGGAUUUUCGAACAGAUGUGGCUCUUCUACACCGAUUUCCUGAAUAGGAUCAAUCGGCGUAUUCAUCAUUGCCUUCGGGAAGUUAACAUGGUUGCAGAUGGUCUAGUAAAGCAUGCUGCAACAACAAGAGCAUCUAAGGAGUGGAGUGCUCCUCCAAGAUUCAGCAUCAUUGACAUAGAAUGGGAUGUUGCUGAGAAGCCAAGGUUCAGAUCUUCUUGA